AUGGCUGUUGCCUUCACCGAACGUGAGCAGAAGAUCAUGGCAAUGGCCUGGCAGUGCUUCGAAGAGCAGCCGAAAGUGGAUUUCACGAAACUGGCGGGUCUUGUGGGAAUGACCAACGAAGGAUCCGCGCGUAACGCUUGGGCGGCUAUCCGCAAGAAGCUUGCUCAGCAAGCUGCCGACGCAGGUGACGGCAAUGCCUCCAAGUCCAUCGUCAACGUGACUCCUCGCAAGAAACGUGGCCCCAACAAUAAGGCAGGAGAAGAGGAAGGCUCUCCUUCCAAGAAGUCCAAGGGAAAUCAGGGCCAGAAGUCAAAGGACGACACAGGCGAUCGUCAAGCCAGCGUUGACUCCGCAGUUGCGGUGAAAACUGAGCAAGAUUUCGAAAGCGAUCAUUGA